AAACAACCAUUCUGACACGUAAAGUGCCGAAGAGAAAUUUUCUAAUAAAUUUAAAAAAAUAAUAAAUAUAAGCAUAAUUCAGCUGUCGAUCACUAGUUCUUAUAGUUUUAUAAUAGUAAUAAUACAUAAUUAAUUAGAUAACAUGAAAAUAAAUGUGGGAAUAUCGAUAUUAAGCCUUUUUUGCUUAUUUGUUAACGUCAGAGCAAUUCGAUUUAAUCUACAGCCAAAUACACAGAAAUGUUUACGAGAUGAGCUCAAUGCUAAUAUGCUCGUUGUCGGCGAGUAUGAAGUUACAGCAGCUCCAGGACAAAUAGUCGAUUACGAAGUUCGUGACACAAAACAACAUAUUUUAUCUAAGAAAGAUGAUAUCUCGCGUGGAAAGUUUAGUUUUACAUCAGAAAUAUUUGAUGUUUACGAGUUGUGCUUUAUCUCUAAAGUUCCCAACAACGUACGCGGUGUCGUCCAAGAAGUUGCAAUUAACAUAAAGAAAGGAGUAGAAACAAAGUCAUAUGAGGGCAUCGCCGAAGCAGCAAAAUUGAAGCCAUUAGAAUUAGAGCUGAAGAAAUUGGAAGAUUUAUCUGAUGCCAUAGUCCAAGACUUUGCAUUAAUGAGGAAACGCGAGGAAGAAAUGAGAGAUACAAAUGAGUCCACAAACAAUAGAGUACUUUUCUUCAGUAUAUUUGGAAUGUGUUGCCUUCUCGGCCUUGCAACAUGGCAAGUUCUGUAUUUAAGACGAUUCUUCAUAGCCAAGAAGCUUAUUGAGUGAAUUAGGAAAUCAACAUUAAAAAUUAUCGAUCUUAAUUACCUUUUUUCAUGCAUGUCAUUCUCGUGAUUUAUGGUGAUUCCUUUGCGAAUUAAUGGUUUUGUCUCAUUAUUUGAUUUAUUAUUUCUUCUUCUUAACAUCCAACAAACAACAGAACUUAGAUUAAAGUUAAUUUUUUUCAUGAUCAUUACAAAAUCAAAUGUAUUUAAAUCCUCAAAAACAAAAAUUAUG